AUGCUUACUUCUCUCGCUACUGCGCUCACUUUCGUUGGUCUCGCUACAGCGAGGACCUUUACGGUCUACAAUGCCUGUCCAUUCACCAUUUGGCCAGCCGUCUUUACGGAUUUGAACGUUGGAUCUGCCGUUCCAGAUGUUCCUACUGGCUGGGAGGCGCCUGCCUGGUCGGUGAGGACCUUUUAUGUGCCCGAUAACUGGAGAGCGGGCCGCAUUUGGGGCGAGUAUUCCUCGACGGUUCUCAGUCGUCGCAAUUGUGACUUCUCAAAGCCGGCUGCACAGUCCUGCCUCACUGGCGCUUGCAAUGGCGGUCUCUUGUGCGACAUGAGGACAGGAACUGGUAUUCCUCCGGCUUCUGUUGCCGAAUGGACGCUUGAGGGUGAUAGCGGCACUGAUCACUACGAUGUGAGCUUGGUCGACGGGUACAACCUGCCCAUGCGCAUCACCAACAACAAGGGUUGUCCAGUGGUUGAAUGUGCUCAGGAUCUUGGACCGGACUGCCCAGCCCCUCUCAAGGGUCCCUUCGACAGCUCUGGGUUCCCAGUCGGCUGCAAGAGCGCUUGCUUUGCUAAUCUCGACGGAAACCAGGCCAACAGCCCCAACUGUUGCUCCGGCCAGUACAAUACCCCUCAGACAUGCCCAGCGUCUGGUGUGGCCUAUUACAGUUACUUCCAUGGCAGGUGCCCGACCGCCUAUGCUUAUGCCUACGACGAUGUCAACGCCUUGAAGACGUGCGCUGGGUCGAAGCGUGCAGACUACACGCUCACUUUCUGUCCUUGA